UCAUGUGCUUUCAAAGGCAUGGCGCUGUAGCUAUUUUGGGCCUUUUGGGCAACCUACCUUUGUCGCAGCCGGUUGCUGCAAGAAAAAUAAUAGUUACCUGAGACUUUUCUGUAUUACUUAGCACAGUUGCUAAGUUGCUCAAAUAUUUAUAUAGUCGCACAGUGCCCAACGGGUAGUCUAUUUGCGAAACCCUUCAUGUUUCCGGGAAGUUGUAUUGAUUUUUAACUGCAUAUCGUUUCGCGACUGGUCGAAGUGAAGCACCACAACGAGGUAUUACCAUCUUGAGAGUUCAAAACACGUGCGCACUGCUUUUGAACUUGCCGAUCGUGCAGAAAUACUCUACUGAAGGUAUGGAAAGUCAAAUACAAAACGGCUUAGAGAAUCUCCUCUCUGAGCAGCACAACGGCGAAAUUUCCGGAAUGGAAAAUGCGGAGAUCAACGAGAACUCAGAGGGUUUAGCAGGUCCCUUGGAGGUCUGUGUUGCUGCUGACCACUGUAAGGAAGAAAAGAUAGAAAAUGUGGCUGCCAUUAUGACUCAAGGUGCAAUUGCUGAAAAACAGCUGGAAAAGCUUGCAUCAGGCAUCCCGCAAGAUGGCUCCCUCGAACGAAUUAUAUCCGAAUGCAACAGCGCUGCCCAGCAGAUGAAGCACACCAUUCACGAAGUGCUCAAGGCUCGCCUAGAAAUGGGUGAAGCAGCUGCACAAGAGGAAUCACCCGAAGAAGACCUUAUCAAGCGGCUGGUGCAUCUAAGACAAGUGAUCCAGAAGAAUGUCGGCGAGGACACUUCAUCCCAUCCAAAGCACCCGAGCAGUGGUGAUAAUUCGGAUAAUCUCUCGGCCGCUGCUGUGGACAGAGCGGCACGAGAACCGUCUCCGAAGUGCAGCACGCCUCAGCGAACAUCAGCGUCAGCAGAGAAGGGUCAUAAGGAGAAGUCCACAUCCGUAGCUGAGUGCUGUGCAGCGGAGAAGCCCCAGGGACCGCACGAAGAAGCUGCUGUGAAAGGUCCGCAGGCACAACCAAAGGCAACUUCCGUUCCUCCUUGUGAAAGGAGAGAAUCGCCAUUGAGGAAGAUGCCGGCCAAGCACACCUCUGCCACUAGCAAACGCAAGGGAGAGAAAACUGUAGAAAGCAUAAUGCGUGGUUUGGCGGCCCAUAUGACUCCAGAGGCCAAGUUAGAGGCUCUGUGUCAGCAGCACUUAGGUGCGCUAGAAGCCAUGCGUCUCCUGCAGCUACGAGUGCAGCAGGCCGAUCGGACAGCGGCGCAGGCGGUACGAGAGAAGGAGCAGCUGCAGGGGGAGUGCAACCGAGCUCUUCUGGCUAGAAGCCGCCUUGAAGGGCUCUGCAGGGAGUUACAAAGACAGGGUAGAGUUAUUAAGGAAGAGAGUGCCUUGAGGAUUCGCGAAGAAGAAGAGAAGCGCAAGGAAGUGGCAGGGAAGUUUCAGGUAGCCCUGCAGGAUAUAACAGCCCUGCUGCAGGACAACCAGGCUCGUAGUAUGCAGCUUAGGAAAGAAAAUACGGAACUUGUGCAGAAGCUCAAAACGCUGGUUGAUCAUUACGAGAUGUGGGAAAAGCACAUGGGAACAAUGCUGGAACAGAAGGAAUUGCAAGCUCAAGUGGCACGUGCGAAACAAGUGCGCACUGAAGCACAGCUGCAUCAGGAGAGGCAGGCCUUUCUACAAGAGAAGCAACAAGUUUUGCAGCGAGUGUCAGACACACAAAGGCACACAGAGCAACUGGCAGCAAACGAAGCUCAACUACGCGCCGAGCUGGCCCUCUACACCAGCAAGUAUCAAGAGUUCCAAGGUGCCCUGUCACAAAGCAACCAUGUCUUCCGUACCUUCAAGGCAGAUAUGGAACAGAUGUCGAAGAAGAUCAAGAAGUUAGAAAAGGAGACUUUGCAGUGGAAGAAUCGUUGGGAGAGCAGCAAUAAAGCCUUGGCCGAGAUGGCUGCAGAUAAAGAUAAGCGUGACCAGGAGCUGGUGGCUGCCCAGCAGAGGGUGAUCACCUUGGAAAAGCUCUGCCGUGCUCUGCAGCUAGAGAGGAAUGAGCUCAACAAGAAGCUAGGAGACACAGCUACCACCCUGCAAGGUAUAGGUGAAGUCAGGGGUAUUUCAGGUACAAAUGUCGUGGAGAGUGAAGCAAGUUGAAGGCAAAAUAACAAUCUGUAGUGCAUGCACUUCAGGCUUUUUUUGCGUGUGUUUUCAGUUCGUGCUCCUCAGUGCAGGGCGUGUGUUUUAGCUGCGGUUAGUGUUUUCUGUUGUGAGAACUGCCAACCUUAGGGAAUAAAAGAGAAAGGGAUACGACGCAUCUCAGUACAAAGCCUCAAUACACAACCCCCCCCCCCCCAGGAACCACAGCUUGUAUUGUUUGGUGCCCCAGCUUUUGGGUUCUGACCUUGGGGAGUAGUUUUCUUGUGUUGCCUGCGCUUUACACUUACCAAUGUAGUCAUAGAUAUAUGAUAAUGAAGUACAUUCUAGUGCAUAUCUAUUGUAGUUUGGCUGGUGUAUAUGCCAGGUGUACCAUACUUUACAGCUGUUUGUUGAUGUGUCGUAUUUAUAAAUAAGAUGCAAAUAAAAGAUUUUAACAUCGAAA